CGUCCCCCCAAUUCGUUCUUCCUAUAUCGCAUAGACAAGAAUAAGGAGAUGAAGGAGACGAAGACGAACUCCGGCCCCCAGUCGCAGAUAUCCAAGGCGAUUGCCCAGCGGUGGCAUCGGGAGCCCCUUUCAGUGAAGAUCGAGUACAAAAAGCGCGCCGACGCUGCUAAGGAGCGACAUGCUCAACUACACCCUCACUACCGGUACAAGGCCGGGAAGAAGAAGGUCAAG